CUUUUACUUGGCCAUUGCUGCUGGUGCCCAUUUCUUGGUUGUUGUUGUGCUGCUGCCUCUACAAGAACUGAUUUCGUGUUGGCUUAUCAUGGAUAAAUCAGUCAACCAACUGGUAAUGCUAGAACAAGACGUACGCGUAUUCGAGAAAUAUAAACACAAUUUUAAGAAAGUUUGCGAUAAAGUUGUAUAAGAAUUUAAAUAAGCAAAAAGGCAUCCACUAACAAUAAACAUAAACAUGAACCUGUAUUUUACAUCGCUGUGUUAAUACAUUUUAAAACUUAAAAUCAUCCACGUGACUUUAAAAAGAUGAAACAGAAAAAAAAAAUAGCAAAAAUUUUAGUCGUCGUGAUGGUGUUAUUCUGGAGUCCAGUAGUGGACUUAAAAAGUCCUAGUAACGCACACACUCAGGAUUCAGUGUCCGUUUCUCUGCCUGGCGACAUAAUACUUGGUGGGCUAUUUCCCGUCCAUGAAAAAGGUGAAGGUGCUCCAUGCGGACCUAAAGUAUACAAUAGGGGAGUUCAACGUCUGGAAGCAAUGCUUUAUGCUAUAGAUCGUGUAAACAAUGACCCCAAUAUACUUCCUGGAAUUACGAUAGGAGUCCAUAUACUUGACACCUGUUCAAGAGACACAUAUGCCCUCAACCAGUCGCUUCAGUUUGUAAGAGCAUCCCUCAACAAUUUAGACACAUCCGUGUUUGAGUGUGCAGAUGCAUCAAGCCCGCAACUUAAAAAAAAUACUUCAUCGGGGCCAGUUUUUGGAGUUAUUGGUGGAUCCUACAGUUCCGUGUCCUUGCAAGUGGCAAAUUUACUGCGUCUCUUUCAUAUUCCUCAAGUAUCACCGGCGUCAACCGCUAAAACGCUUUCGGACAAAUCGCGCUUUGAUCUGUUUGCUAGAACAGUACCGCCAGACACUUUUCAAUCCGUAGCCCUCGUGGAUAUACUAAAAAACUUUAACUGGUCAUACGUAUCCACGAUACAUUCGGAGGGAUCUUAUGGUGAAUAUGGGAUUGAAGCAUUGCACAAGGAAGCUACCGAACGAAAUGUAUGCAUAGCGGUAGCCGAGAAAGUACCCAGUGCCGCUGACGACAAAGUUUUUGAUUCUAUUAUAAGCAAACUUCAAAAGAAGCCUAACGCUCGCGGCGUAGUACUUUUUACGAGAGCUGAAGAUGCCCGUCGAAUUCUACAAGCAGCCAAACGGGCCAACUUAUCCCAACCGUUUCAUUGGAUAGCAAGUGAUGGUUGGGGAAAACAACAAAAACUACUUGACGGGUUAGAGGACAUUGCUGAAGGCGCAAUUACUGUAGAACUGCAAUCAGAGAUAAUCGCAGAUUUUGAUCGCUACAUGAUGCAGCUGACCCCAGACACAAAUCAAAGGAAUCCUUGGUUUGCUGAGUACUGGGAGGAUACUUUUAACUGUGCUCUGACAUCUGUUUCGAAGGAACCUGAUACAGGAAAAUCAGUUGAUUCUACUGACAAUAUGAUUGGCCGCAAGACUAAAACAACAUGCGACAAUAGUUACCGGUUAUCAGAAAAAGUUGGAUACGAACAGGAGUCAAAGACUCAAUUCGUUGUGGAUGCUGUCUACGCAUUUGCGUAUGCACUUCAUAAUUUGCAUAAUGAUCGUUGUAACACACAAAGCGACCAAACGUCUGAGACAAGGAAGCACCUACAGAGCGAAUCUGUGUGGUAUCGAAAACUUUCGACUGAUACCAAGUCCCAAGCGUGUCCUGACAUGGCUAAUUAUGACGGAAAGGAUUUUUACAACAAUUACCUUUUGAACGUAUCAUUUAUAGAUCUUGCUGGCAGCGAAGUCAAAUUUGAUCGACAAGGCGAUGGUUUGGCCAGAUAUGACAUUUUGAAUUAUCAACGUCUAGAAAACUCUUCAGGAUAUCAGUAUAAGGUUAUUGGCAAAUGGUUUAAUGGUUUGCAACUAAAUUCAGAAACAGUUGUGUGGAACAAGGAAACCGAACAACCUACUUCGGCCUGUUCACUACCAUGUGAGGUCGGGAUGAUCAAGAAACAACAGGGAGAUACCUGUUGCUGGAUAUGCGACAGCUGUGAAUCGUUUGAAUAUGUAUAUGAUGAGUUUACGUGUAAGGACUGCGGUCCUGGACUUUGGCCCUAUGCUGACAAGCUUUCCUGCUUUGCUUUAGAUAUCCAGUAUAUGAAAUGGAAAUCGUUGUUUGCCCUUAUUCCGAUGGCCAUUGCAAUCUUCGGUAUUGCAGUGACAAUUAUUGUAAUAGUAUUAUUUGCAAAAAAUCAUGACACUCCAUUGGUAAGAGCAUCAGGACGUGAGCUAAGCUAUACUCUUCUCUUUGGUAUACUGGUUUGUUAUUGUAAUACUUUUGCGCUGAUAGCUAAACCAACAAUUGGCUCCUGUGUUCUGCAGAGGUUUGGUAUUGGGGUUGGCUUUUCCAUUAUAUACAGUGCCUUGCUAACAAAAACAAAUCGAAUUUCACGAAUCUUUCACUCUGCUUCUAAGUCAGCACAGCGCCUUAAGUAUAUUAGUCCGCAAUCACAAGUGGUGAUUACCACCUCUUUGAUCGCUAUACAGGUACUAAUCACGAUGAUUUGGAUGGUAGUUGAACCACCAGGAACUCGGUUCUAUUACCCAGACCGAAGGGAGGUGAUUCUAAAGUGCAAUAUACAAGACAUGUCCUUUCUCUUUUCCCAGCUUUAUAAUAUGAUUCUUAUAACUAUUUGCACUAUUUAUGCAAUUAAAACACGAAAAAUACCUGAAAACUUUAAUGAGUCAAAGUUCAUAGGAUUUACCAUGUAUACCACAUGUAUAAUAUGGCUUGCGUUUGUGCCCAUAUAUUUUGGAACUGGAAAUUCCUAUGAGGUGCAAACUACUACAUUGUGUAUUUCAAUAAGUCUAAGUGCAUCAGUGGCCCUUGUAUGUCUAUAUUCACCUAAAGUAUACAUCCUCGUCUUUCACCCGGACAAGAAUGUUCGCAAGCUAACUAUGAACAGUACCGUCUACAGGCGAUCGGCCGCGGCGGGAGCUCAGGGUGCCCCAACCAGCUCUGGAUAUAGUCGCACGCAGGCACCAGGCACCACUGCCUUAACUGGAGGUGCAGUUGGAACAACUGCGUCUUCAAGUGCGCUUCCGACACAAAACAGCCCAAACCUUGAUGACGCUUCAGGCCAAUCAAAUGUUGUUCACAAGAGCAAUGGAGAAUUUUUACCCGAAGAUGGCGAAUUCGUUGGGCCAAUCUGUAACCGAAUAAAUAAGUAAGAUUAAUAGCGAGGAAAAUCUCACUUUAUAACACUGUGCUACAAAAUGAGGCAAUUUUAAUCUCUUAUGCAAGGAUUGGAGAAAUAAAUCUUCAAAGAUAAAAAAAAUCCUUAGACAUUUGUUAUAUUCAACCUUUCAGAUGCGUAUUUUCAAUUCAUUGUAUAAUUUUUAGUGGCCAUUUUCUUCAUUUGUAUACGGUUCAUCAUAAUAAAUCAAAUUUUUUAAGAUCCAUGUACACACAUUAAGGUGUACUUUUCCAAUAAACACUAAAGUUAUUGACAAAACAGUACUCAAAAUAUACCAUAUGGCAUUUUAAUUUAGCUUGAAGCUUGAAGCUCGAGAGUACUACGUUUAUACGAACAGACGACUGUAGCUUUUUUAUUGAACACUGCCCAACACGGUUAUAUCCUAACAGAGGAUAUAUGGAUUUUAGUAAGCUUGCUUCAAAGCAAAGGACACACUUGCGAAAAUAUAUAGUAUAUCUGUAUAUGUAUAUUCUUGUUUAGUAUCAACAGUCGGCACACUAUUUGGUGCGUUUCAAAAACACUCGCUUAUUAACGUCCACGUCUUAAUCUCCCUCGCACUUCCUUUAGCUCAUGUGCUCGUUCGAAAACAUUCGGCUUGUGGCUUGCAUGUUUAUCUAUCUAUCUACCUCGCAGAAAGUUUAAGUAAAUGGUAUCUGAUAGUCUUUGCACUGGACUUAAGCCUUUUUCCUUCUUACAUUUUUAAUGAACGUUUGAGGUGAAUGUUUUGAGGUUCUACUUAUGUAUAUAUACGGGUGGAAGUAAAAUUAUAAAAUUAUGUGCGCAGUAGUUGAUGACAGUUUGAUCCAAAUCCUAUCCUUUAAUAAAUUAGAUUAAUAGGAAAUAUAUUACUAUAUAAAUCUUUAUGAAAAUUACGUAAUAUCGCUUACAAGUCACAACAUAUCUGCCAAACUGUAAAAUACUUUAGUAUGAACUGCGUAUCAUAACCUUUUGGUAUUAUUUUAUAAAUAUGUAAAAAAAAAACUUGAAGUAGAAGUCUAUUAGACAGUAACACAGCGUUUUAUCCGUUGAAUAAAUACUUUUGAUUGCCAUAAAUGGCAAUAGUACUCUAACUAUAUCAUUAAUCAAUAUAGUGGGAGCCUUAAAAUUUUUUUGAAUGGAUGGACUUAAUUUAUAUUUAGUUAGAAUCAACUUGCAUUUCUAAUUUUUUCAAUAGAUAUAUUAAGUUUAAUUUAAAUAAUUAUUUUCAUUAAGUAAUUUGUAAAUACAAGUUGAGCACCAGGCAUCUCCCAAAAACCCGUUUCCCCUACGAAUAACGCGAAUAUUAACGUUCUUCCGCAUACAUAAGUAUAUAAGUACAUAAGUAUAAGAGAAAAAAACCUUUGGUUUAUAAUUUGUAUACUAAUGUUUAAGGAAUUUCGGUAUUAUACCGCUUAUAUGUUUUCAAAGAAAAAUGUUCCUAACGAAAAUGCUUUUGAUAAGUUUAAGUUUAAAAAAAUGGGAAAAUGGGUGUAUGUUUGAUUAAAGGCCAACACUGAAAAAGGACAGUAAGGCUUGAACCAAAUAAUUAGUAAAUACAUUUUUUUUUAAAUAAUAGAUGUUCAACUCAUUUACCCAAACCCUAAUGUUAUUUCAUGUUCAAGCCUUAAACUAAUUUUAAGCUAUUAUAAUAUAUUGUUUGUACACACGCAUUUUAUUAACAUUAUAUAGUAGAUAACGGGAAAGAAGCAGUGUCAGUCAUAUACAAAAUCUUAAUAACAUGACGAUCAAUGGAUAAAACAAAGUGUAAUUAAUAUGGACUUCCUUUAACUAUGUAUUAGCCAUAAAUCGUAUUCAUUAAAUUUUUUAAAGAUUUCAUUUUUAAAUUCUAUAUAAAAUUAAUUUAAAAUAAAAUAUAAAAUAAAUUUUAUCGAAGUACCAACAUGUUUAGAAACAAAAAGCGGCCAGAGCUUCGCGGCUAUAAGGCGUAAUAUUAUAUAUUCUAAGCCCCUCUACACAAUUUAUUUAGCUCAGUAAAUCAGUAUAGAAGUAUGUAUAGUGAAAUCCUAUACACUAUCUAAGUACAAAUAAAUUGUAUUAACUCUAUAAAUAUUACAUAGAUGCAAAACACAAAUCAGAAAUAUAAGUUAACAAUAAAAAUUCUAAGCAACCAAGAAGUGGAUUCAAUAUUUUGCGCGUUUGUGUUAAUAUAAAAUUUUAAGAAGGAUAUUAGGGAAGAUGUUUAAGUAAAAACAAGCGGCGAGACUUAGAUAAACGUUCAGCGAGAUCAAUCAAACAGCUUUAUUUAAGUUUACUAACUGAACCGGCGCACCCAGGAAAUAAUCGUGAAAACGUUUUUUCUUGCACAAGAAAAAAUAGACUACAUUGAGUAAUCUAAAAUUCAGGCUAUUUCAAUUGCCGCAUCUUAUAUAGCCAUGCAAUAAUUAUACACAUAUUAAAAAAUGUUUAUAAUCCGAGUAAGACCAUAUCAUAUAAUUUUCCGAUUUUAAUCAUUAUUUGGGUAUACCAAACUAGUACGCAGUAUUAUCAAAAACAACAAAGCUACGAUUUCUUUUCCAUUAUUUAGUUGUUCCAAGUAUUCCUAUGCCAGCUAUAUAUACAUACUAAUUAAAACAUAUUAGCUUUAAAACUAAGAUACUGGUUUAUUGACUUACUGACGGAUGUGGCUAUAUCGAUUCGUCUAUUGAAAUAUACAUACUAAAUAUGGGCCAAAAUGCCUCCAUUACUGCUUUCCAACUUCUGACUCAAAUCAAUAUACCCUAGUGAUAUUGAUUAGGAAUGUAUACUGUAUUGGGUCGGAAACACUUUCUUCUUCCUGUUACUUAGUUUUCAAUAUAUUUUGCAUACUCUUUAAAUCUACGUGCAACGUAGGUAUAAUAACAAAGUUAAUUCAAGCGUAAGCC